AUGAGCAGCCGGCCUCAGUUCCGGCGCAGGUCGUCGAGAGUACCUGGGGGAUUUGAUCUGGGGGACGACGACGACGUGUCGUCUGGUGGAAGCGUUAAUGGCGAUUCGCACCUCGACACUUCUCUCACCGAGUCCUUGCUGCCCGGUCCUAAAGAUCCGAGCAGCUUGCUGCAGCCACUGGACGAGAUCACGAGUCUCGAAGGGCCGGCAAACGCGACCUUGGAUGAAACUGAAAUGAAUAACCGAUUACUUGAUGUGGAAUCUAGUUUUCUCCCUGAUCCAUCUGAGCUUGCCGUUAAGAACUCAACCACUACUGGCGCAGACGAUACACACUUGUUUGGGAUUCCGAACGACAACGUUGCUAUGCGCAAAAGACCACAGCCAAUCGUGAUCUCCUAUUCCCGGGACGGCAGGGAAAACCACACGCGUUCAAAAUCCAACGACGUGCAGUCGCCUCGUACGCCGCCUGGCGGAUACAAGACCCCGGCACCUGAACCUCAAGACUUUCACGACUUGGAUGAAGAACUUGAAGGAACCACGCCCGACAUCCCCAGUACCUCUGUACUUGAAAAUAUGUCUUCCUCUCCAACUGCGGCGGCCGCCGCCCGAACCCUCCACCGAGUUCAGUCUCUAGCAACAAUGGGUGGCUACGAGACUGCAAACGAAAGAGAAGACGACUUUGCAUCGGAUUGGGAACAUGGUAAUGGGAAAGCCGAUGUUGAUGCGAGGUCACAAAGAAAUGGCUCAGAGCAAGAGCAGGAAAAGCGCUAUCUAAAUGUCCCCAGCGCCUCGGACGUACAGCAGGAGAAGACAGAUAACACCACUCGUUCAGCGUCAAGGCGGCCGCACUAUCUCCACAGACGAUCCUCACAGGCCCGACUCUCCUUUGAUUCCGUGGCUAGUUCCAACACCGACGCCAGUGAUGCCACACUUGGGGCCGACUUUGCGCUGCAGUCGGGCGGAGCUUUACCCGAUUCCAGUGCACAACGUCAGACAAGAGCGACGAUAUCUCGUCAGGCCAGUCUCGGAAGCAUGAUGUCGGGCGUAUCGGGAAUGAGUGAUGAUGAGCCUCGAUUACAGCGACAGGCUGGAGUGCCAGACUUGAGUACUCUGGAAGAAGAGAGCCCACAGUCUAAUAGAGCUAGUGGAUUGGCGACUCCGCGAGCAUCAACUUUUAAUUUCAACAUGCCCACCGAUACCGUCAUUGCGAACAAUGUGCGUGACAUUGAAGUACCCGGGACUUUCGCGCGCCAGUACCGGCAAGAACGAAAUAUGUCACCAGUCAAGAAUAACACAAUGCUCGGUAUGACCCCAGGGCCUAAACGAGGGCUGACCUUGAAAGAGCACAGAAGUACUGUGGAAAAACUUGGCAAGGAGAACUUCGACUUAAAGAUGAAGAUACAUUUCUUGGAUCAGGCUCUCCAGAAGCGUUCUGAGGAUGGGAUCAAGGAGAUGAUUACGGAAAAUGUACAACUAAAGUCCGAUCGAUUGAGGUUAGAGAAGGAUAAUCAUAAUCUACGGAAACAGGUCCGGGAACUGCAGAAAAAACUUGAUGAAAGCGGAGCUCGGGAGUCUCCAAACGCGGAUCCAGGGUAUGGGACUGACGAGGAGAGAAGCCCGACAGCGGAAGAAGAAGUCAUUUACCUUCGUGAGAGGGUCGAGAUCAACGAGGUUGAGAUCGAAAAGCUUCGGUCGGAGAACUUUGCCAAAGAGUCUGAGAAACGAAGACUGGCCGAAAUGGUCAAGUCUCUGGGUGACACUCGCGCAGCUACAUCCGAUGUGGGCUCGAGAGAAGAGCGUGAUAUGUGGAAGGACAUGCUGGAGGCCGAGACCAUCGCCCGUGAGCAGUCCGAAGAAGACAACAAGCGACUGCGCGAAGAAAUUGCAAAGCUCCGAACCGACGCGUUGGCUUCGACCAAGCCAAACUCACGAAAGUCUCGCGUGGCAGGUUCGGUCAUUUCAAGAACUAGCAGCGUCGAAGCAGCGAAUGCUCAGAAUGCCGAAAUCGACCGACUGAGGCAUGAGGUCUCGGAACUCCAGAAGAUGAUAGGUGCGCAAGCGUCGACGCUCACAUCUCGCAACAAGGAGAAAGAGCGACUAUACCAGGAAAUUGAGGACUUGAAGUUGGGCCGGAUGGGUGGCCUACGAUCCGUGGCUGGCGACAGCAUUCUCGACCGGUCGGCUUCCCGAGCAAGAUCUCAUUCUCGCGCGAGCAACGGCACUCGUCUGUCUCGAUUGAGCGACCAAGAACGAGAGUCUCUGGAAAACCGCAUCAAUGAGCUCCGGGAUGAGCUCUCGCAGAUGAAAUUGGAGAACCAGAACCUCCAAAGCCAAUUCGACCAGGCCCUCGCCGAACUCGACGCGGUGGAUGCCCAAGCUCAGGCAGAUGCCGAUCAAUUCAACCAGGAGCUUCAUGAUCUGACUCAGGAGCGAGACAAUGCUCUGCGGGAGGCCGAGGAGCAGGACCAGGCUUUCCAACAACUGAAGAACGAGGCCCAAGAAGAGAUCGACGGCCUUGGAGAUGAGCUCGAUGCCAAAGUGGACGAGUGCGCCAGGCUUGAGCAGGAGCUUCAAGGGCAAAUCGACAAUGUCAAAGCAUUGCAGGCUGAAAUGCGGUCGGCUGCCGAGGGCUUGGUGCGUCUCGAAGAAGAUGCGCAGCACAAUCUGGCACGUUAUCAAUCCGUCAAGGCAGAGCUUGAUGACGCCAAUCGCGAGAUUGAGAAUCUCGAAAAGUCUCUGGCGGAGACCGAGAGCAAGGUGCAAAGGUUGACGGUGCAGCAGGAGAGCAGUCAUAAUGAGAUUGCGUUCUUACGCGAAGAGCAAGACGCGGACAAGAUCAAGAUUGGCGACUUGGAAUCACUGCUCAAGAAGGUUCAUCUCAACCUAGAAACGGAGAGAGACCGCAGCCGAGACCUAGAACGUCGGCUCACCGACGAGCGAGCUCAGAGGGACGCGGUGGCGAGUCAAGAAAAGCAAGAAGUCCAGCGAGUGAUCAACGGUCUCAAUCGCGAGGCGGCAGGGGCGAAAGACGAACUGCGAAGGGUGCGCAAGGCGCUGUCAUCUCGCGACAUCGAAGCGAAUGCCUACAAGGACCGGUUGGCCGAAUUGGAGGAGAGCCUCCGAAACAUCAUUGGUGAUUCUCCGGAUUCGCGGUCGAGUCUUGUCAGUGCCGUCACAAAGAUGCGACAGGAACUUGACCAAGCUACCAUGGAACUCGAGUCUGUGCGGAGACGACUGAGCGAGAGCGAAAGUCUGCUCGCCGACCGGGAUGCUCUGUUGGAGUCGACCAGUCACGAAUGCAAGAAAUUGGCCGACGCCCUCGAGCGGGAAAGGUCAGGCCGGCGACAAGACAAGCUAGACUUUGAGCGAACGAACAAGGGCCACAACUCGACCACCCGCGCACUCAGUUCUGCAUCCGCCAGAAUUGCGGAGCUGGAAGGGCUACGACAGGCUGACCGCAAACGAUUGAGCCAAAUGGAGAGUCAGUUGAAGGACCAGCUCACCGAACGCAACCAGAUCCUGCUCACUCUUUGGAAGAGACUCACAGCCAUGUGCGGGCCGGACUGGACUCACAACAACAGUCUGAUCAAUGGCAAUUUACCGUCUCAGGAAGUGGUCGGCAAUAUGCUGUUUUGGCCUGGAUUCAGCCGGAAUCUUCUGCUGGCGGCCAAACAAGUCGAAGGCACGCUGUCGAGUUUCAAAGACAAGAUCAAACGCGUUGAACGGGAACUGUACAAAGAGUACCAGGCGCUCGAGCAGACUCUCGAAGUGCGCACGCGGAAGCUCGAACGGAUCGAGGAGAGUUGGGAGAAGAUGAAGCUGAAAAUGUCGGAGAUGGAAAUGCGGGCGCACACCGACCACGGAGCUCGGACCCCGAAAUCGAGCAGGACGCCCGAGAUCAGCAAAUUGAAGGGCGAGAAUAGGCUGUUGAAGGCGGAACUUCAGUUGCUUCAACAACAGCAAGCUCAUCAUAACCUGAAUCACCGGCGAGACCGAAACGAGAGCCGAGCUUCCGGCUAUUCUAGCCUCAUGUCGAACGAUGGCCCGGGGCAAGCCUUGGACGGAGCAGUGAACGCUGGGCUUGGAGUGCCGGCGCGAUCGUCGAGCAUGAGGCGCAGUCGGCCCAUGCAGAUGCAACGGCAUCAUUCGACCGGGACUGUGGAGCAUCUCGUCAAUAUGAAUGGGGACGUGACAUCAAUGCGUUCAAGCUCGAUCUCGAGUCGGAACUCGGCCUAUGGGCCGGGUGAGCGUGAUCGAGGGCUAAUGAUCCCCGCGGGACCGUUCAAUGCCCCGGCCAACGGGAAUUUUUCAUUGCCACCACCCCGUGAAGCACCGCCGGCUCCACCUAGUACUGCCUCGGGCUCCGACAUUGCCAGUAUCACGACGGCCGUCAGCGCGGGCGGACAAGGACAAGAGAAAUGGAUACAUCGUCUCAGAGAGCUGGAGAGAAGACUCAAGGCUGAGCGGGAAGCGCGACUACUGGACCGUAGUGGUGCGCGGAAAAGGUUGGAGGAGAGGGAUGCAGUCAACGAGGAACUGAGGCGGGAACUUGAACGCGAGCGGGUGCGAAAGAGCGUGGAGCCCGGAGAUGCCGUGAUGCAGCCGUUUCUGGCGGGCGAAGCACACGAGACCGAGCCGGACGGAGGAGGAGGAGUGGGAAACGGGGCGAAGAAGCGCUAG